GCUAACCUUAUACUUUAUUGCCCACACAAUCAUGGCGGAGGGAAGCCGUGUCUGUCCAACACUCCUCGUUUAAGACUUAUUUUAGAGCUUACUCUCCUUAAGAUCUUCCGCAAGGCUUUGGAGCAAAAAAAAAAUUUCACCAUGAAAUACUAUGAAGGCUCAAGUACCCUCAAAUUUCCAUGGGAGCAAGUUGCACGGGGCCUAUGGCAGCGAUACCCUAAUCCAGAGAGCUUGCAUGUGUUAUCAGAGGAUACAGUAGCAAGAAAAGUUGUUGAUAAUAAACUUCAUUCCAAACGUGUCUUAACCAAAACAAAACCGGAUGCCCAAGUGGGGAGAAACGUGUUAAAAAUACACAGAAAUAGUGAAAGUGCUCGUGAAGAAAUCAAUGCGGAUCCAGAAAAGAGAGAGAUAUGUACUUAUACCAGGAAUGUUGGACUGACAAAGGUGAUGACCUGUGUUGAAAAAGUAGUUUACAAACCAAGCCCAGAGAAUUCGCAGUGGACUGUGGCAGAGAGAAAAGCAUGGAUUGACUCAAAAAUAUUUGGCUUAGGAUAUGCAAUUCAGAAAUUUGGACUGGAGCGCUACAAAAAGAACAUCCAGAAGACCAACUUGGGUUUCAGCUUUGCCUUGAAUAGAUUAUUCCCUGUUAUUGAUACUCCAGCGGAAAGCAGCCAUAUCCAUCACCUUACGUUAGAAGAGAGAAAACAGAGGUUGAAAGAUGCGGCUCGAGAAACGGCAAAGAGGGCCAAGGAGUUAGCUCAAGAGAAGGCUGGGCCAAUUUAUGCUGCCUGUGAAGGUGUGCGGAGCUGAAAAUGAAUGUCUGUAGUCUGAAUCAUAAUAAAAGAGCUAUAUAUUUCAUGGAUUCCAUCAUGAAUAUGAAGGUUAUUUUAGAUAGGGAGCCACUGGUGCUACUACUUGUGAUUUGGAGUUUAUGGUACUGGAUGAUAGGAUUGAUUGUACAGUUACAUUGUUUCUAUGAUAUUGAAAACUAUGGGACACACAUAACAGUACAUGAAGGUUGUUUGCAAUUUAUUAUUUUUCUAAAUAUUUUUUAAAUUCUCCUUUUCAUUGGCAUGUCAGUUAUUAAAAAGAAACUUUGUGCCAAAGAUUGAUAUACAAGAUAAAUUAAAUUAUUUUACUUUGCAAUUUUAGUAGUAAAGUGUUCCCAACCUUGUAAAGUAUACGGCACAAGGUUAAAUAAUGUCAGUAAUUCCAAAUCAUGCUUUUUUUUAUAUAUACUAUGUACUGGCUUGGUGAAAAUGAAUUGGUAUGGGAGUAGUUGAUGAUUUCUUGAAAACUAGAACAGAUAAAAUUUAGAGGAAUUCUUUUGAUUUGGAAAUCAUACUGAAUAGGAACCUGUCACUAACAAUUUUUGAAGUCUUGCUAGUAUGAUGGUUCCUAUUAUGACAGUAUGUAUGUUGUGUAACAAAGUAGCAAGUGAAAAGAAAGAAGCCUACAGAUGACCUGAAUAAUAUGAUUGCUUCAGCACAGUGUAUAUCAUAGUGUCCAGGGAUACUGAUGAAUCUACAUUAUCAUUCCCAUUGAACAUCAAAUGAAUCUGUAAUGUCCUUGUAUAUAUUCAUCUAAAACUUUCCACAAGUCUUGCAUUCAUAGGUGUCUAUUCCUUGGAAAGGGUCAAGCACUUGGAUAGUUGGUAAUAUUCCGUCCGGAGGAAUGUGGGACUUCAAAGCUUGUUUGUCCUCGUGGGAAAUAUGUACUGAUGAGAAGUGGUGAGAAGUUAUAUUUUCAUUCAUUCCAUGCAUGUUCCUUUCAGGUAUUGGUUUAUUGUCAUUCAUAUUCAAGGUUUUGAAAUAACAUUCUCACUCAUUUGCAGAUUAUGAAUAGGUCCAUAUCACUUACAGGAAGCUUUCACUUCAGGAAAAAAAUUAUUUGCCUUUGAAGGCCUUUCACUGACACAUGCAUGCAUGUGUACUCUUACAUUUCAGGUCUAUUUUGUGCUGUAAGUCUGCAUGAGCAUUUUAAGCUAUGUUGACCUGUGAAUCAAGUCACUGACCAAGGGAAUGUAUAUAGUGAUAGCCAAUUCUACAUUCUUUGCUUCAAGUCUUUGCAAAGGAUGAUUUUUAAGUCCUCUGGGCAAGGGAGAGGACAAGUUGAUAAUCCAUGCAGGCAACACACUCACCAGAUGAGAUGAUGUGUGGAAUCCUAUUCUUUCUCACACAAUACAUCAUUCCGAAUAUUGAUACAAAGGAAGGGUGUAGGAAACAUUAUCUUUGAGUUGUCUUUGUUCUAGAUUGUUCUUUACAUUUUUUAUUGGUGAAUUGAACACCAUCUUGUCUAGGUCUUUGUUAUGUUUUACAGAUUUUUGUUGUUGGAUGAUUAGUAAUGUAUUUUUUUAUGAUAGAGUUUGCGUUCUUGGUAAUUUCUUCUUUGUUGUUUACUGUUUGAAAAAACAACAACAUUAUUUGUACAUUAUCAGUCUUCUAAAAAAAAAA